AUUAAUUUUUUUAAAUUUAAAUUAAUUUGUUGUUAAAAAGAAAAGCGAACAAUAUACCAAUUACCUAAAUGUUUUAGUAAUCGGGAAUGUCUGCAAUCGUUCUCAAAGAACAAUCCUUUUUCAAAGAGCAUCGUGUUAUUAUUCCUUAAAUUAGGCCUGUGAAAAUCAUACUUUGUAUCUUGUAAGCCUUAUAUUAUUACUGCAAAGUUCAUUAUUUUUCUACUAUGGAACAAGAAAUUGGAACCUGGGAUUCUGUGCUCUUGGAAAAUCUUUCUGAAGACAACUUCAUUAAUAAUAUUCAUCUACGUUACAAACGUGAUCUCAUAUAUACCUACAUAGGCACAUCGGUCGUGGCCGUUAAUCCAUAUCAUCACAUAUCAGAAAAUUCAUUGGACUUAAUACACAAUUAUGGUAGCAAAGGCAUUUUUCAAUUGCCUCCACACAUAUAUGGUCUUGCUAAUUUAUCCUUUCAAUCUCUCAAGGAUAAAAGUGAGGAUCAAUGCAUUAUAAUUGCAGGUGAAAGUGGUUCCGGUAAAACAGAAUCAUUUAAGAUGAUUGUCAAUUUUCUAACACAUAUACAAGAAAAAUCCAAAAAAUAUUCAUCGCUUUGCAAACAAUCGUCGCUUAGCUCAGGUUGUGCAUCGUCUACAUCUAGUACUGCCCACAAGCAUCGUCGUACCUCAAGUUCGUGUUCGGUGGGAGGUCUUGCCACAAAUUAUAUGUUAAGCAAAAAUUCUGGUGCCACUUCCAGUUUAAAUUCAUGUCAUGCUAUGCAUCAGCAGCAAAGACGCCAAUCUCCAUCACCCGGCGCAACAACGAAAUACUGUGAUGUGGGUGUGCAGCAUCGAGCUCGUGCUGAAAGCUCGGAACGUGGAAAACGUACCAUGAGAGAGAAAAUGGUUGAUUUUGAUUUUUCCCAUCACAAAAGUACGGAAAAUUUAACAACCUUAGAUAGUUCCACAUACACCACUGCACCCCUGCAUUGUGGUGCAAUGACAACAUCAUUCGGCCUAACUCUAUCGCCUCAUCCAACCAAAUCUUGUUUUAAACACCAACAAUCUCCUCAGUUGGCUUAUAGCACCACAGGAGCGGGUUCAUCAAAAUCCUCAUCCAACAUGUAUUUAGCUAGAAGCACAUCGCCCAAAUAUUUCUCAUCCCCCAACGGCUGUCGGCAAUGUGGUCAUAGUAAGUGCACCAGAGCUGUUGUUCAGAGUUUCGACAAAGACGAUGGCGAUAUAAGCAUCUCAUCUCAGCCAGGAACUUCUACGUGUCACCCCGUGCACUUACAAAAGCGUGGUAGUUGUUCUAAUUUGGCAAGACAAACAUCUAUGGACUGCCACAUGCGGGAGGAGCGCUCAAAUAUAUCCGGUUCAAUGCAGCGUAUAUCCCUAUACGAUGCUCAUAAGUUAAGUCAAACGUCAUUAAAUGCACAAAAGUUAUAUCAAUCAUCGCCGGCUACGCCUAGGAAAUAUAAAAAUCCAAUGAAACGUUUAAGGGAAUGCGUUUCUUUUGCUGACGUUUUCUUGGAGGCCAUGGGGAAUGCAGUAACGCUAAAAAAUAAUAAUUCUAGUCGUUAUGGGAAAUUAUUCGACAUUGAAAUAGACUAUAAAGGGGAUCCCAUUGGGGUUCAUAUAACACACUAUAUGUUGGAAAAGACUCGUGUUACCGAUGUAUCCCUGGGGGAAAGAAAUUUUCACAUUUUUUAUCAAUUAUUAUCUGGAGGCGAUUUACAAUUACUAAAAUCUUUGAAGUUGUAUCGUAAUGUUGAAAAAUAUGAGAUUUUAAGAAACACAUCUGCCUUGGAAGAAGAUCGCACUAACUUUCACUACACCAGGAAAUCUUUGGAUGUUCUUGGUCUAUCAUGCGAUGAAACACAUUCAAUUUUUCGUAUUAUUGCUGUGGUAUUAAAGUUAGGUAAUUUUAUAUUUGUACCCAUUACGAAUAUAGACGGUACCGAAGGCUGUCAAAUAUCAAAUAUUUACGAAGUACAAGAAACAGCCCAUUUGCUUAAUUUGGAAGCUCAAAUUUUAAUAAAUUGCCUUACAAGAGCAUGCAGCUCAAACAGCAGUUUUGAAGAUGUUGGAUGCGAAUUGGAUGCCCGCCAGGCCUCAGUUGUACGUAAUACCUUGUGUCGCACACUUUACUCAAGACUCUUCACCUGGCUGGUGAACAAAAUUAACGAUAGUCUCAAGUCAACGCAGCGAGAAAAGAAUUUAGCUUUAUUGGAUUUUUAUGGUUUCGAAGUUUUGGAGAAUAACUCAUUCGAGCAAUUUGCAAUAAAUUAUAGCGCCGAGAAAAUCCAUCAAAAUUUUGUUCAUAAUAUGCUAAGAGUUGAGCAGGAGCUGUACGUGCGUGAAGGUCUGGAAUGGUCACGAAUCGAUUAUUUUGACAACGAGUCUAUAUGCGAACUCAUCGAUAAACCUAACUAUGGUAUUUUAAGUUUAAUCAACGAACCGCAUCUGACUACAAACGAUGCGCUGUUGACACGCAUCCAGCAAUGCUGUGCAGGUCAUCCAUGUUUUAUGAUAGCUCAACCAAACUCAAUGACAUUUCGAAUACGCCAUUACGCGAAUGUUGUUCAGUAUUCUGUGCAGCGAUUCUUGGAGAAGAACUCCGAUGUGCUGCCAAAGUACUUAAGUUCAGGCUUAUAUCAAAGUAAACUGCCACUUGUACAAAGUCUCUUUCCCGAAGGGAACCCUCGUAGACAAACCAAUAAGAAACCCACCACUUUAAGUUCCAAUAUACGCACUCAGCUACAUACGUUACUAGCCAUCAUUAAGCCACGUUGUUCCCGCUAUGUGUUCUGCAUAAAACCAAAUGAAUGUCGCCAGUCGAGAACAUUUGAUAUGGCCUUGGUCCAACAUCAGGUCCGUUAUAUGUCCCUAAUGCCUUUGGUAUAUCUCUGUCGUCAAGGUCAUUGUUUUCACAUGCUCCAUGCUAAAUUCUUUCUACGUUAUAAACUCUUAAGCGCUAAAACAUGGCCCCAUUAUCGUGGUGGAACAUGUGUGGAGGGCAUUGCUCUCAUCAUACGUAAUCUGCCAUUACCAUCCGCUGAAUUUACCAUAGGCACAAAGAAUGUGUUUGUGCGCAGCCCCCGAACCGUUUACGAAUUGGAACAGUUUCGCAAAGGCCGCAUGCAUGAUUUGGCAACGCUUAUACAGACAACAUUUCGUAUGCAUAGGGAGAGGAGUAAAUUUUUACGCAUGCGUACAGGGCAGAUUGUUAUAGCGCGAAACUGGAGAACAUGGAAGGUAUGCAACAAUACACUGUUUUUUAGAAUAAUGCAAAAUUAUUUAAACAAAAACUUUAUCUUGCAGAAUCGCCAACAAUUUCGCACUGUGAAAUACAAGCGAAGAGGCAAUUGGGCUGUUGAUGUUAUAACCCGGGCAUACAUUCAAUUCAAAACUCGCCAAUAUUUGCUCACAAUACCUCAUAAGUUACCACCAAAUACUUUAAGCCCCCUUUCAAUGGAUUGGCCAGUUGCACCGUCAUUUGUGGCGGAAACUUCAAGGCUACUGCGUGCCAUUUAUCAUCGUUGGAAGUGCUACUUGUAUCGCAGUUCCUUUGAUCAAACAUCGAGAAAUCGCAUGCGUGAAAAAGUUACAGCCAGUAUUAUAUUUAAAGAUCGUAAAGCAUCCUAUCCUCGAAGUGUUGCUCACCCCUUUAUUGGAGACUAUGUGCGCCUAAGACCAAAUGCAAUGUGGAAGAGAAUAUGCACGGAAACAAAUGAUCAGUACGUUGUAUUUGCUGACAUUAUAAAUAAAAUUACCAGGUCAAGUGGAAAGAUUGUGCCUAUUUUAUUGGUCAUAUCAACAUCAUCAUUGCUAUUAUUGGACCAAAGAACAUUGCAAAUUAAAUACAGAGUUCCAGCCGCGGAGAUUUAUCGUAUGUCCUUAAGUCCCUAUUUAGAUGAUAUUGCUGUUUUCCAUGUAAGAGCGUCCGAAUUUGGUCGUAAAAAAGGUGAUAUUGUCGUUCAGGCUGCGCAUAUUAUAGAAAUAGUAACCAAAAUGUUUUUGGUUAUACAGAAUGCUACAGGAAAACCACCGGAAAUACACAUAAGUACAGACUUUGAAGCAAAUUUUGGCCAACAAACGGUUAUAUUCAAUUUUAAAUAUGGUGGCUUAUCAUCAGAUAUUUCCCAAGGACCACCAAAGGUAACAAGAAAAGCAAAUCGUAUGGAAAUAAUUGUAUGAUCCGCAACAAAAACCUAUCGCUGGACAUCAUUGACAUUUCUAAAUGCCUUUGAGCUGGACGCACUGGCAGAUUAAAAUUUAUGUGCAUUCAUCUCUCCCAAUAUCAUUUGGAUACGAAGUAAAAAAAAAAAAACGAAAUCACCUACAACUAAUUCACGAAAUCAAUUUCAAUCUAGCUCCUACAGCCAACACACACAACACUGACAAUCAUUGAAGGUUAUGUUGUUCAUUUAAUAGUAUAUUGAAACAUAUUGCUUCAAUUUUCCUUAAUUAUUUUUUUUUUUUUUGAACUAAUUUGAUAACGAAUACUACGAAUUCUUUAAAAUUUAGUCUUAUUAAAUUACAAAAAAAAAAUUAUAAAAACACAUCGAUAAAGUAUUAAAAAAAUUCAUAUUCUCCACCACAAACAUGACCACCAAAAAUGAAAACUUAUACAUAUUGUAUAUUACAAAUUAGGUUUUUAGUUUAAUUUAAUUUUAAUAAUUAUUAAAAACUCAUUUAAUAAGUUAUGAUAUUAAGAAUAAUGAGAACAAAUGGUUAGUUAAUUGUUAAUUCAUGGCAAACAAAUUUUUAUCUAAACGAAAGAAAACAGAAAACGAAAUAGCAUUUAUUAAAAUCCCCCUAUACUCAGCUUCAACGCAAAAAAAAUUAAAAAAUUAAAAAAAAAAAAUACAAAGAUUUUCUUUUCUCUUUAAUCGGUUUCACAAAAUAUCAAACCUGGCGCGCUGGCUUUAUAUGGACAGAAAGAAAGAAGAAGACUCCUUACACCUCCUACACCUAAUACCAAUUCCAAAAAUUUUUUUACCUUUUUACCAGACACACACCACACAUACUACUUAUACACACUGUCUUAUAUCGAACAGCAAACACGAAAAAACAUUAAUUACAAUAAUUGUAAACGGAACAAUACAUGAACAAAUUUCAAAAUUAUAUACAAAUUGUUAAAAUCUUGACUUAAACAAAUGAAAGAAUCUCUAUUUAUAAAAGUUGAAAUGUCCCCCAAAAACAAAAGUACAUAUAUAUAUAUUUACAUACACCAAUAAGAAUAAGCUAUAGCAAAAAUCUAUGCAAAACUAGAAGAAGAAGAAAGAAAUUAAAAUUUGUUAUUAAAAUAAUAAUAAUAAUAACAAUUUCUUAAUGCUAUUAAACAUGAUUUUUUCCCCAAAAAUCAGUAAUAUAAGAAAAAAAAACAUCAUGUUAUUUAAUUCAACUUUGUGACAGAAUUAAACAUUAAUACAAGCUUACUGCCCACCAAGGAAAAGGGCUAGCGAACAACUCAUAGAAAAAUGUCUGCUCCGAAAACAAAAAUGUUUGCUCAAAAAAUAAUUGUUGCCAAUAUUCCAAAAGGAAGGAAAUUUCGAACUUAUAGUAAUUUUAUAUGUGCCAACUUUUAUAAUUCUAUUUCAAAUUCAACACCAGUAUUUAAUUAAGUACUUCUUAUGAAAAACCCCCUUUUGUAAAGGCACGUAUUUUUUUUUUUGUUUUUUUUUUAUAGAAAAAUCUAAAAAAAUAUGAGUUUCUUUAACGUAUUUUACAAAAUAUAGAAACAUAUUAGCGUUAAUAAUCAUAACAUUUUUAUUUAUCACACAUAAAACAACAACAAAUGAUCUCAAUUUUUUUUUUACUUGGCAAACACAAUUACUCAUUAUAGAUAGAAUUUUAUGGGUGCUAUGUAUGACAAUGACACUAUAAUUCUUGAGGUUGGUAUUGUUUAACCCGUUUUAACACCACAACAUCUAUUUUCUAUAUUGAAUUUUAUGAUAUGUGACAAUUGAACAAAAACCCAUGGUUUGCCAAUAUGUGGCAUUCGAUAUUAGGGUUAUGUAAGGUUAGGUUGAAAAGAGGGUGCAGAUUAAUAUCUGCCGCCCAAUGCCACUAUGGACAUACACCUAAGCCAGUAAUCGGCUUGUUGUGUGCUCUAAAAACUUUAAAGUAACCUCUAAAAAGAAAAUUUUAAGUUAGGAACUCCGUGCUACUUACAAAAUCCUUAAUUAUUUUCAAUACCACUCUCCUAAGUUGGUUCAUGUCUAAUAUUGUAUCUCCCCUAAGUACCGGUAUCUGUUCGACGCGAAAGCCGUGAAAUGACAAAGGAAAUGCUUUAACGUCUCACCAUCUUCCCCGCAUGCCCUACACAUGCUGUCACUUGCCGCACCGAUUUUACACAAGUGAGCUCGUAGUCCUAUGUGUCUCGCUAUGAUACCAAUAGCUAUACUGACCACUUUCUUGCUUCCUUUCAGUAAUAGCCUCGUCUUCUCACGAUCUGGAUUCCCUCAUAGGAUUUUCGCCUUUCUACCGACCGUGAUGCAUGCGUAUUCAUCGCCCACUCCCUUAACACGGACUGCGUCGACCCGAAAAGCUUCGGGUUAACCAUGUUUAUUGGCGGCAAUCCUCUGGCCUUCACCGCCAAAUCGUCUGCCCUUUCAUUUCCCCUUACUCCGUUAUGGCCCGGCACCCAAAUGAUGCGGAUUUUCCCAUCCUCAGAGAAGGCAUUAAUCUCCUUCUUACACUGCAAGACUGUAUAUGCAAAAUUGCAAUUUUUGCCCAGGAACAGGGGCAAACUUGUCACAUAUCAAUGAGUGCAGUCCGAUUCAAGUUUAAGCUCAAUGAUAAGGGGCCUCCUUUUUAUAGCCGAGUCCGAACGGCGUGCCGCAGUGCGACGCCUCUUAAUUGCCAGCAUUAGGAGGGGAAACCCACCACUGAAAAUUUGUUCUGAUGGUUUCGCCAGGAUUCGAACCCAGGCGUUUAGCGUCAUAGGCGGACAUGCUAACCUCUGCGCUACGGUGGCCUCCACACCGCAAGACUAGAGGUCACGGUAAGGUCACGAACAGUCUUACACUGCAGGACUAUUCGUGACCUUACCGUCCUGGUUGUUAUUGCCCUUAUGGCAAUCUUACUGUCGUUAAAGAUGUUCACACUCGACGUCCUCGCGUUAGCACCACACCACUUUACGCAUUCCGUGAUUGCCCGGAUCUCCGUCUGCAGGACCGUAUUAUGGACAGGCAGUCUAAAACACAUCUCAGUUCCUGGGUUCUCAAUGUAAACCACCAGGCCCACUCUGUCCUCUAGCUUUGAUCCAUCCGUGUAACAUGAUGGCAAUACUAGGGUAAUACCGUGUAACAGAUGGCAAUACUAGGGUACCGUCAAUCCAAGACUGUGCCGAUGGCAGCAGUCGACGUCUAGGUUCAUCUCAGGUAUCCGAUCGGAAACCUCUACCCUUCCUUCCAGGUUUCCCAUCGUCGCCUCGAUUAUACAGCGAUGGUAUGAGCUGCUCCUAUCCUCAAUCCAUAUUCCCAUCGCCUUGAGUCUCAUAGCCGCAGUGGCUGCCUCACACUUAAUCUGUAUGUCAAUGGGUCGGGUAUCAAGAAUAGUCUCCAGUGCCCUAGUGGGCAUCGCCCCGCCCAUCCAACAUGUUCCCUGAACCUGUUGUAUGGUCCUUAUGUUGGACUUUUUCUCUAUAGCAGUCCACCAAACUACUGAGGCGUAAGAUAGUAUUGGUGUAAUCACGCUCCUGUGGAGCCAGCGGACUAUUCUAGGAUUCAGGUCCCAUAGUGCCCAACAUCUGUGUGCCUUCUCAGUAUGCUCAUGAAUGUGACAAUUUCAAUUCAGUUUCCUAUCCAAGAUCACUCCUAAGUAUUUGACCUUGUCAGAUGUCGAAAUCGUCUUAUUGAGGAAACGUGAUGCCUUCGCCUUCCUCGUGAACAGGCAUAUUUCAGUUUUCUCUGGGUUAACAUUGAGACCUCCGGGUGUAAUCCAGUCAUAUGCCAUAUGCAAGACCCUUUUGGCCCUUCUGCAGAGUUCGUUUGGAUCCUUACCCCCAAGAAGUAUUAUAACAUCGUCUAGCAGACGGGUUCAAAUCCCUCCUCAGUCAGCAUCCGUAAUAGGUCAUUUAUGGUGGUCACCCAAAGGAGUAGCGAUAGGUCUAUACUGCACGGAAUGGUGUAUAACGAAGGUUGCAGUUUAACUGCAAGAACGAUACACCUCCCGGCACUGGCCUGGCAAUAGUAGGGCUAGGAUGCUGUCGUUGCAUAAAUUGCCGUACGGGAGAGGUCGGGGGGUCACAUAGUCCGACGACGACGCUUGUGACCCAUUGCUGGCUAUGUUCGCACAGCACCUUGCGACAUAGUCAGUAUGACUAUACUCCCGUAGUGAAGUUAGGCCAGAGCAAGACCGGAAAUGUACCCACUCCAUGCACCGGUUACACCUCACCGACACCGACCGAUGAUGAAGGCGGUUCUGGCAAACUGAACAGAACCAGGGUCCGGGGUUCCUUUCAAUCCCGGCACGGACCAGAAGCGUGCGGAGAAGGCACUCCGGGAUGUGCCUCUCCCAUGACGAAAAAAGACGAACACGUACACUGAGGCGGCAGCUCUUGCCGAUGAGGAUUCCAUCGGGUCAAUCCGGUGCGUACAACCGGCUGCCAUGGGAUUGGGUACCAUCGUGAGCAUGCCUUCUUCUGGCCAGUCGCGCAGACAAGCCGAGCCUAAUCUCUUAUCAGCGUGCCGUCUUCAAUCUUAAUUACUUCAGCUGGUAACCCAUGGGUACUUGCAGCUUUGUUGUUCUUCAGCCGGGUAACUUCUACGUAGACCUCAUUCUGACUAGGAGGUAUAAAUUCUAUACCAUUAUCAGGGAUUUGUUAUUUUUUCUUCGCCGCCACUACCCGAUAUCAUGUGUAUGUGUAACAAGAUUUAUUCCUUUGCUUGAUAAAAUUUGUCGACUUCAUUCUUUACCCCCGAUAUCUCUACUACUACUUAGACUCACUAGCACCUCUGGACACCAUGGAUCCCUUUACAUAAGUUUUUGCUACCAAAGUAUAGAUUUUGCUGCUUCUUUCGAGCCAAUAUUUUGUCUUUUUGUAACAAUAUUGUCGGGACAAGGAGCAGUGUUACCGCUCAAGAAAAGUAGUUCCUACCAAAAUGUAAGAAAAAUCCUACCAAUCCCGACCUAAAUCUACCAAAUGUUUUACAAGCCAAAAAUAUGGUAUAUGUUUGUGUACACACCACCGCUAUUUUGUUAUUCCAUUUGCAACACAUCAAAUAAUAUUCUUUCAAACAUACAAAGUAUAGAUCGUCGUUUGAUGAAAUCACUCUAUUGCCUUAAAGUCAAAGAUAGCCUUUAUCAUGAUAUAGCACCAUUUAUACCUCAUCUCCUGAAAAGAAAUCUUGAGUUCAUAAAAGUCGUAUAUAUUUUUGCCCCGAUUUCAAUGAACAACUCUGCCAACUUUCUGGAUCUGUUCCCAGAAAGUUAUUGUAAAUUUUAUACACCCUACAGCAUCUGAGUGCGAAACAGAUCUAAACAUAUCUGUAUGCAGCUGCCAUAUAGCCUUAUUUUUCGAUUAAAGGCGAAAGGUGAAUUUUUAACGCACAAAAGCCGCAUUUCUUUUCCCAUUUCCCAGAAUUUACGAAAUUUGGAAGAGAUCCCUUAGUACUUGUACCAGUUAUUGUCAAUAUCAGAACUUACGCCCUUUUUUAAAUUUAAAGCAGUGAGAGGCCAUGCAUCAAUAUUUGGCCCUCAAAAUCAAUGGUUUUAUUCUGUACUUUUAACGAAUACACACACAGAAAAAUAUAAUUUUUAAAAAAAAAAACUUCUGUCGAAAAAGCGACGACGAAAUUUGUUAACUUUCCAGCAACAAUUUAUUUUGAAUUUCAACGACCCAACGUACAAAUUUGUUGCUGAAAGGCACUCCUUGCAAGCCAACAUACAAAAACAACAAUAAUAUGGCUUUGCUGCCCUACUUCAUUGUGGUGAUGUUUUGUUUUUUCUUUUUUUCGGCUCGUGCUGCUUGUCUUGUUCGUUUAAUCCUUUCCUCUCUGGUUAUUUUCUCUAUCAUUCUUUCUACGCAUGAUUUGCACGCAUCGUCUAGCCUAUCGACAUCACUUUAUUCAGGAUGAAAUAACGCAAUAAGCAUUUCAAAUUUGACCGGACGGGGGAUUCGAACAUGGGUUUGCAAGUACUUAAAGGCAUGGGAUUCUUGUGUGCCACAUGGUACGCGCAUUUUAACAACUAACUCAACAAAAGAAUUUGUGGAAAAACCACAAAAUUUCUAUCAUAUUGUCUGCCAAGUCUCUGUAAACCUACUUCAACAUAUAGUCUUCAAUUCAAUUCUAAAAUUUUUUGAGAUUUUAAAGUUUCACCUACAAAUUCGGUAGUUGAUUUUUUCUGUGCAGAAUCGACAAGAAAUGAAACAAUUUUGAGUUACCCCGGCAAGUUGUUCAGUUAUUAACUUGGUAUUUAUAUGUUGGAAAAAUCUACCAAAAAUUGAGGCCAAUCUACCAAAUCUAUUAAUUUCGGUAGGAAUCUACCAAAAACGUCAACACUGACAAGGAGUUUUUUCUUCACAUAGUUUUAAAGUCGAUCGAGUGGAGUAUACCGAUAUAAUAUGCUGCAAUUCUCAAAAACAUCAAAUUUGCGUGUUGCAUUAUAUCGCUUAAGCAGACAAGUGCGAAACUUUUUUGCUAUAAGACAAUGGUCAAGGGUGCGAAGUCGGAAUGGGGUUCGGAUUUAGAAUUGGCAAUGAUAUGCAUCAUAGUUAGUACCUCUAAUUGAUUGUACGUCCAACAAACUGGCUGAAUGACUGCCGUUGUUAUAGCCACAUAUUCGCAUUUGAGUAUAGCGAUCCUAGGCCAAUCACUUUAGGUCGUUCCGGUGUACUGUACCGAUCGCAAUGGUGAAUGCUUUGAUCUAGUUACAGCCCCUUGGCCCUAUGUCAAGGUGACGAAAUCUAGUGCAAUUUCCUUCGAUAUUUUUGCAGUGGCGAAAUCUAUUAGCCCUAUUUUGUUAUCGUUGUUGUUGUUGUAGCAGUGUGCUAUAUACUGUGGCGGCAGUCCUUGCCGAUGAAGAACUCCAUCGGGUCAAUUCGGAACGUACAACCGGCUGCCAUGGGAUUGAUUUUGUUAUUGUAUGUUAUUCGUGUAGUCGACCUUUUCCAAAGUCGAUCAAUGGUCCUAAGAUCUCUUGAGUCUCGUAAUAUAUAUAUCUUUGGUCUGUUCGCGAUUGAUGCAUGAGCUCGACUCUCAUUUACCUGAGAGAAACUGAAGAUAGAGUUUUUAAGCCUCCGACUGACUUUGUAUUCUCAGACAACCUUAUGUUUGGUUUACAGUGUGUCUUUCCAGUAAUAUUGAUCUUAUAUAGUCUUGUAAACAAACCUAUAGAGAUUACGGACAAAAGGUAGAGAUUCGUGCGAUAUUUAUCCAUAGGUUCAUUCACUAUGUUUUUGGCUCUUGAGGGUGAGCUACUAACCCGACACCUCAUCCUAGUAUGGGGGCUGCCAGCCAAUCCGUCUUGGUAGGGUGCCUUCUCACAUUAGCUACCAACCAACGGUUGUUAGUUUGCUUUGUCAAGGUGGUCGAAAUUAGUGCCCUUGUUGACUAUUUCCAAUACUGAAACGGUUCCGGAUAUUCCGAAGUAAAUGAGCAACAGAAAGCUUAUGACAACGAAAUAUGCACAUGCGAAAGGCCCCAUCCUCUUAUUGAUUAGUAAAGCCAACCUCAAAAUUUUCGACCAACUCUUGCGUUCAUGGUGUUCAACACAUAGCAGUAUACAACCACACCCACCCGCAAUUGGUGCCCACUAUUUUGUUAGGUUUUUUAAACAAUUAGCAUUGUCAUUAAAACACGUAGCAGAAUUUUUUGUUAUAAUUAAUUAGAACAAUUAUAUAAAACAAAUACUUAGUAAUUAUUGUUUUUUAGUUCAACACAAACAAAUAGAAAAUGCAUUAGUAAUUAUUUAUAUACAUAAACUAUAUAAAUAUAUAAUUAAUUAUAUAUGUAUAUGUUUGUAUGCAUAUGCAUUCA